UAUAGAAUCCAGUUUAACUUCGGGAAACAGAGUUAUCGGGAGGGAACAAAAGAAAAGAAGGUUGAUUUUCAUUACUGUUGUCUUUUACGGUUUUACCCCCUUUUACCCCAAUAACCGUUGGGUAAAAGAAAAUCGACUUCCCAAAAAGUUAAAAAAACUCAUUGCAGCUUUAAUUUUCACUCACAAGUCACAAUCCUCUCCUCCUCCUUAACACACCUCUCUCCGUUCGAUCCCACUCGCCGUCCGGCGAUGUCGACGAAGAGACGGAGAGUUCCACCGGUUCUAUGGAGGUUGUUCCACAACCGUGCACGUACUCUAGGACAUACAAUUUUAUCUCUAGUUCCUUCAAAAACGUCGGCGAAUUGCCUCUGCAAGGGUCGCCAGUGCCUCGGAUGCGUCGGCGAAAAUGGCGCCACGUUAUUUCUGAUCAGGGAAAAGGAUCCAGAUGAUUAUCGGACGCUUCUCAACAAAUGCUUCGUUGUCCUCUCCGAUAGCACGCCUCCUCUCCGCGUGUACGAUCCUCACUGCCGCUGGUCCCACCUUGAGCUUGUUAGGAGGACAAUAGAAAUGACAAUAAUCGAGCAACCCAACAACGUUAUAUGUUCUGGUUAUGAUAAGAUGAGCCGCUUCAGUGACAUAGUAGAGCUUUUGACAUCACCAGCAUGGAGCCUUCUCCUUAAAAGGAUUGGGGAUGUUCUCAUGGUUUAUUUACUAAAGAACACUUCAAUAUUUUUUCGACUCCCUCGAAACAAACACCGUCAGGUGGCUGGAGUUCCCAUCUGUGACUUACGCCGAAAAUCUCUCCUGCAUGUAUCUGCCACUACCUAUAAGCCUUCAUUACUUCAUCCUGAAUCUAGGAAAAAGAGAAGUGUAGAUGAAGUUUACUCAUCAAUGAGGAAAAAGAUGUGCAUUAGGAAAAAUUGUGCUGCGGAGAAGUUAUCGACGGAAACUACAAAAUGUAGUGACGUGCUUCCAUCUAGGGAAGGCCAAUUUUACUCAAUUACACAUACUUCCUUGUGUGGAAAACGUAAAAGACAGUAUAAAUGGCAGCGUCAAAGGAAGCGUAAGCAGUUGAAGGCUCAAGAAAAAUAUUCCUUAAUCCCUUGUAUGAAUUCCAACACUAAGGACAAUUGGCUGGGAGACCAGAAUUGUGAUGUAAGCUCAAAUUCAAUGCUUCUUCUUGAAAAGAAAAAUACUUGGUGCUCUUGUUGUUUGGUCUUUCAAACAAUCCCAGGGGUCAAAAAGGAAGUUCAAAUUAACAGGCAAACCAUCUUCUACAAGUUGGAAAGUUUUCCUUCUGUGUUCCCAUCCAAGCACAUCAUGAAUUCGCUGAAGCCAGACUCUUCUGGAGCAAAUAGACUCUUCAAGGAAAUUUUUGGAUCUCUUGGUGUAAAUGUCACUACUCAGAUAGCUUCUUGCACGCACAGCAGCAACUGUACUUUUAUCAGAUCCACUUGUCUAUACCAUUCAAUUAUUAAGUUGCUGAAAACUCUCAUCCGAAAGCACCAUUGCCAACACGUAAGGCUGUUGGAAAAGCACUGUUCUACUCCAUCAUUGGAUCAAUGUACCGAAAGUAUUAUUGCAACUAUCUUGGAGAGACACGAAACUGAAGCAAGUAUACUUGCAAAAGGUUGUGCUGAAAGUGGAUUAGCUCACAAUGACAUCGAGUCCGAAAGUUGCAGCACAACUCCAGAAUCACAACCCUCUCUGUUGGAGCCAACCAAGUGUUAUUGUAUGAAGAAGCAGGUUGUAUCAUUUAUUUGGGCUGUUUGUCGAAGUAUAGUGCCCAUAAAUUUACUGGGGACUCCUUCUAAUUGGAGAGUUCUAACAAAGAAUAUUUCCAAGCUUGUUAAGCUACGAAGGUUUGAGAAGUUCACGCUCAAGCAGAGCAUGAGGAAAAUUAAACUAUCUAGGUAUCAUCUACUCUCAGAUCAGUACUCCUUACUGAAACAUAAAGUACUAGAGCACUGGAUAUUUUGGUUCUUUUCUUCAAUUGUUGUGCCACUGGUUCAAGCUAACUUUUACGUAACUGAAGCUGAGCAUGAGAAACAAGAUAUAUUUUAUUAUCGCAAGCCUACGUGGGAGAACAUUAUUUCCAAAUUUGUGACUUUCUUGAGAGAUCAAGGUUAUCAAGAAUUAAAUGUUGCAUCUGUCAAGAAAAUAAUAUGGAAUAGAUCAUUUGGUUUCUCAAAAGUUCGACUUUGUCCAAAAGGAAAGGGGGUAAGAAUGCUGGCAAACCUUAAAGCAUCGGCAAAGUUGCCUGUGAAUCCUCCUAUGCAAUCCAAAGGUCUGAGAAAAGUAGGUGUUGGUAGAAAUGUUAAAUGUUACAAUUACAAAUCUGUUAAUGAAGUCCUCAAAGAUUUGCACUUGGUGCUCAAACGUAUAGUAGUAAAUGAACCAGAGAGGUUGGGUUCAUCUGUAUUUGACUACAAUGAUGCAUAUAAAAGGCUUCUCCCUUUCUUAUCACUCCUGCAGAGUGGUUUUUCUGUCAAACCUGGAGUUUUCAUCAUUGUAUCAGACGUUGAAAAAGCUUUUGACUCUGUAGACCAAGAUAAGCUACUGAGUGUGCUGGAUGAUCUCAAUUUGGAGGAAGAAUAUUUUUUAAGCAAAGUUGUUCAAGUUGUGUGCACUAAGAAAUCAUUGCGGAUACCACAAAACUGGACAUUAGUGAGUAAAGCGAAUGCCCCUGACUCUGCUAAUGCCAGGUCUUGUCUUCCCACUGGCUCAUUGCAUGGCAUUCUUGUGAAGCAACAGGUGCAAGGCAGAAAAGUAAGAAAAGAACAGCUUCAAAGUGAUUUGAAGGAGCACAUAAAGCGCAAUGUGCUGCGGUUAGGUAGCAAUUUUUUCUUGCAAUCUGUUGGUAUACCUCAAGGGAGUGUUUUGUCCUCUAUGCUCUGCUCUUUGUAUUUAGGACAUCUCGAGAAGUCAGUAAUAUUUCCAUUCCUUGACAAAGCUUGUGAACCUGCCCCUGGAUUUCCUUCAGAGGGAUGUUUUCUUGAUGAUACAGCUUCAAGAUGUGCUCACCUCGAAAUGCGUAAACCUAGCUAUCUGUUACUUAGAUUUAUUGAUGACUUGCUUUUCAUCUCAACCUCAAAGGAACAGGCUUCUAGGUUCUUCUCACGGUUGCAGAGAGGGUUUCGAGCCUACAACUGCGACAUGAACAAAAAGAAAUUUGGAAUGAACUUUCAGAUAAACACUAUACCAGAUCUGAGAUCGGAUAGAUUGUAUGUGGUUGAAGAUGGAACCUCAUUUCUUCGGUGGAGUGGACUAUUUAUCAACUGCUCAACGUUGGAAAUUCAGGCAGAUUACACGAGGUAUUUGAAUUUCCCACUGAGUUCAACCCUCACUGUUGGCUGGCUAAAUAAACCAGGCCGUGACUUAAAGGUUAAGCUGUGCGGUUAUCUGAGACCGAAAUGCCAUCCUAUAUUCUAUGAUUCUAACAUAAACUCAGCAGCUGUGGUCAGACUCAACAUUUAUCAAGCUUUUCUUUUGUGUGCCAUGAAGUUCCAUUGCUACAUCUCUGAUUUAUCAAGCAUAUGUAGAUUCAGCACCAAAUUUUAUGCAGAUGCUUUGGGAAAAUCAUUGAGGUAUAUGAAAAAGCUCAUCAAGAGGAGGAUGUUCUCCUUCAAAACUGGUUCAGAUUGUCGUCCAAUUCUUGAAUUGGGGAAAGGUGAAAUCGAAUGGCUCGGAUUAACUGCCUAUAUUCGUGUGUUGAAGAGGAAACAAUCAAGAUAUAAGGAGUUGUUACGUGUAUUAGAUUCUAAGCUCAUAGCGCUUGGUAAGCAAGAAAGUACAUUAUCAGUACUACAAGAAGCCACAAAUGAUAAGCGUUCCUCUAUACUAUGGAAGAUUAAGUAUUGACAACAGUAGGAAACAUACCUGUGUUGAUUAACUCUUUUCCAUUCUGUCCACAGUGUUCUGUGAUGAAAAAAGAAGGUUGUAAAUUCUUUUAAGCUUCAGUCUGGAGCCUUCUAAAAUGAGCUUGACAUCAAAAACUAAA